UCGUCUCUCUUGCCCUUUGCACAAGUCUCCUCGAAAUAAACUCUCACCGGAGCUUUUAAUUUUGAAGAACAAAUUCGUCUCCCAAACCUUUUGCAUCUCCUGCACUACAGAUCUGAAAAGCUGAAAGCGAUCAAGCAAUUAAUUGUCAAGCUAUAACAAAAGAUGUCUCGAAGAUACGAUAGCCGCACAACAAUCUUCUCCCCAGAAGGUCGUCUUUACCAAGUUGAGUAUGCAAUGGAGGCCAUUGGAAAUGCUGGCUCUGCAAUUGGACUAUUGUCAAAGGAUGCUGUAGUCUUAGUUGGUGAAAAGAAAGUUACUUCCAAGCUUCUUCAAACCUCUACAUCUACGGAGAAGAUGUACAAGAUUGAUGAUCACGUUGCUUGUGCUGUGGCGGGAAUAAUGUCUGACGCGAACAUCCUCAUCAACACUGCAAGGGUGCAAGCACAACGGUACACAUUUGCUUACCAAGAGCCAAUGCCUGUUGAGCAGUUAGUCCAAUCUCUUUGUGACACGAAGCAGGGAUACACGCAGUUUGGUGGUCUUCGUCCCUUUGGUGUUUCAUUUCUUUUUGCAGGAUGGGACAAAAAUUAUGGUUUUCAGCUUUACAUGAGUGAUCCUAGUGGAAAUUACAGUGGAUGGAAAGCUGCAGCUAUCGGUGCCAAUAACCAGGCAGCACAGUCAAUGCUAAAACAAGAUUACAAGGACGAUAUCACAAGGGAAGAAGCUGUCCAACUUGCAUUGAAGGUGCUGAGUAAAACCAUGGACAGCACUAGCCUUACUUCUGAGAAGCUUGAACUGGCUGAGGUUUUCCUUACACCUUCUGGGAGUGUAAAGUAUCAGGUCUGCUCACCCGAGUCUUUGAGUAAGUUGUUACUCAAGUUUGGAGUGACCCAACCUGCUACUGAGGCUUCCUGAGCUAGUUUCCUUCCAACGAGUUUAUCGUACUACUCUCUUUUAUAUUCAGUCUGCAAGUGGAAUUGAGAAGUCUGUCGGAUCAUAACGUUGAUUGUUGUGAACUAUAGAACUUUGAACUCGUUAAAUGUUGAUGCUGUUGCUGCAAUCAGUUUUCUGUUGGAACAUCAAGUAGUUGCUGUAGAAUAUGAUUUUGUAACAGCCCCAUUUCCUUAGCUAAA